UUUGAAUACGGAAGGGCGCGAAUGCAGCUGACGUCAUCAGUGGAAGAGAGAGCUUUCCAGUGUCACAAGUGGAAGAAAAACAGAUCAGUGAGUUCCGCUGUUUUUCAUGAUAGACCAAGGAAGCGCUGGAAUACAAACAUCCUUUCCGUCUUUCAUCUUUUAAAAAUUCCAAAUGCUAUGUUUGCAAGAUCAUGGAAAAAAUGGAUGGUAUGGGUAACUUUUGCAACUUCAAUCACAACACUGAUUUUAUUGCAUAAUUCAUUAAGGCUUUCAAAGUCUUUUUUUAUCGAGAAUGAUUUCCUUUAUUAUGAUCUGAACAAAGAGGAGCCGAUCACAAAAAAUCAAACAUGCCAACUUCCGAGAGUGCAUCCUUUCGACCCAUCAAUAUUGACAUAUUUAACGAUCAACAAACCCAUCAAUUGCAAAGAGCGUUUCGUAACCAUCACUUUUAUAGAUGACGAUGGAUUUCUAAGAUAUAACCUGACGGCAUUAAAACUUCUCGGUUACGAUGUUAAUAAACUACAAUGUAGCUAUCAAGAGAUAGUCCGUAAAGACGAUUUCAAUGUAGAAUUCGGAGAGUCUAAGAAAAUAAAUGUUAACGGAUCACAAGUACGAACUGAGUUCAUCUAUGUGUCCUGUCAUAAUUUUGUCGGUAUCCCAUUUUACUCUAAUGUUCACUGUCAUAUAAUACCAACCAAGUUAUCGUUACCUUUUGAUGGGAACAAUACUUUAUAUAAUGUUUUAGUGAUCGGCAUAGACUCCGUUUCUAGAUUAAGUUUCAUAAGAAAUUUACCGAAGACGUACAAGUUUCUUAAGCACAAUUUAAACGCGUUUAUAUUUAGAGGAAUGACUAAAGUAGGCGACAAUACUUGGCCCAAUCUAGGAGCCAUUCUUAUGGGUAAAGCUGUUUAUGGCAAAGAACUUCCUAAAGUCAAAAAGCCAAGUGGAACGUAUGAUUCGUGGCCUUUUAUAUGGAAGAAUUUUUCUGAAGCUGGCUAUGCCACACUUUUUGCAGAGGACCAGCCAGCUAUAGGUCUUUUCACGUACCUUCGUGGUGGUUUGCGUGAUCCUCCUACGGACCACUACUUGCGUCCUUUUUGGCUUGUUGUGCAAACAUCAUUGCUUCAUCGCUUAAGCUCCAAUUUAUGUUUCGGUGAUACGCCAAAGCAUCUGCUUCAGCUUAAAUACACAAAAGAAUUCGUUACCAAAUACAGCAAUUUGCAAAAGCCAUUCUUUGGAUUUUCAUUCCUAGUAGAAAUCAGUCAUGAUUACAUAAGUCAGGUGACAUCUACUGAUGAAGACUUUUUACAUUGGUUGACUGAUUUGUACCAGUCUGGCCAGCUCAAUAGAACAUUUCUAUUAUUUAUGUCUGACCACGGCCAUCGCUUUGAUCCAAUGAGAGCUACGCUUAUUGGGCGAAUUGAAGAGAGAAUGCCCUUUCUGGGACUAGUCGCCCCUCAGGAAAUUUUAGAAGCCCAUGACGAAAUCAGAACUAAUUUAAGAACAAAUGAAGGACGAUUAACGACACCUUAUGAUAUUUAUUUCACUCUUUUGGAUAUUUUGAAAUUCAGCGUAAACAAUUCGAGUCUUGGGACAAAUAUGUCACCCAGGGGAACUUCAUUGUUUGGAGAGAUCGCGUUAAAUCGAACAUGUACUCAGGCAGGAAUACCUGAUCAUUAUUGCGUAUGUGAAAAGGAGGAACAACUGACAUCAUCCGAUCCAAGAUCUCAAAAGGCAGCUGAUGUAGUAGUAAGCACUAUCAACAACAUGCUUGAAGUAAUGAGUAAUUAUUGUUCUAAACUUCAGCUGGCUGAAAUUGUUAGAACAGAUCUUCUAAUCCCUAGAGAAGAGGUGGUUUACAAUUCUCGAAGUUAUUUUGGGAAGAAUAUAAAAGACGGAAAAGCAAAGGGAAUCAUCCAGAAACUCCGAAUUAUUGUCAGGACUAUUCCUGGCGAUGCUUUGUUUGAAAGUACUAUUUCACUUCGAGAAGAGAAUCAGAUAUCAAUUUUAGGCGAUAUAAGCAGGAUCAACAAAUAUGGACAGCAGUCAUCUUGCAUCGAUGAUGCUAACUUAAGAAAAUACUGUUUCUGUUCAUCACAAAAUGGAGUUAAUUGAUUUGUUAAUGUAACAUGUACAGACGUUAAUAAAAAAUUACAAGUUCUAAA